GUUCGAGAUGACAACAAGAGGCAGCACCCGUGCCUGGUGGAUUUCACCAAGCUGCCUGAAACUGAGAGUAACUAUAACCUGCAGAUGUCUAGUGAAACUCUCAAGUGAGUAGCUAGGUUAAGAUCCUAAACAUAUAUACAUACUGUAUCACACAUUCCCAUGACUCAUUCCAUCCAAUUACACUGAAAAGAGAAGCCACCGAUGACAACCAAACUAACAUCCCAGUAUCUACCGAAAACAAAAAGUAUCUACAUCUUCCACACGCAGUGAUUGAUAGCCAUGUUUCACUAAGAGGAUGUUUCAUACUUGGCUAAGUAAUUGACAGAUAGCCUAUUUAAUUGAUGCUCUUCGUACCAGGAAGUGUCUUUAAAAGGAGUGCCUGUGUGAUGACGCUGUGCAGGGGAAGAUGAUGACUCACUGGUUUAGGUGGAAUACUAGGCUCUGAGCUAAGAGCUCCUCCAGGCUCUUUAAAUCAAUACUCCUCUGGUUUCACUCAGACUCAGGAGAUCUAACUCAUUAGAUGCAACUAGCUGCUUUAAUAACCGGCCUCAUACAGCCCACAUGCAGUCCAUGUGAAUCAGUAUUUGGGUAAUUCUUUACCAACUGAAAGAAGCAGCUGCAGCACUCACACAUAAGCAAUAGUAGCAUAGGCGGCGCGUGAGUUUCAAGUUUGGGGAAGCACAUUUUCACCAUAAAAAUAGACCUAUAUAAUUUAAACAUUUACCAGACUCUCUUAUCCAGAGCGACUUACAGCUAGUGAGUGCAUACAUUAUUUUUUCAUACUGGCCCCCCGUGGGAAUCGAACCCACAACCCUGGCGUUGCAAACGCCAUGCUCUACCAACUGAGCUACAUCCCUGCUGGCCAUUCCCUCCCCUACGCUGUGCCAAUUGUGCGCCGCCCCAUGGGUCUCCCGGUCGCGGCCGGCUACGACAGAGCCUGGAUUCAAACCAGGAUCUCUAGUGGCACAGCUAUGCAGUGCCUUAGACCACUGCGCCACUCGGGAGAUGAUAAUAAAGCAUUCCAUGCAUCAUCGCAUUUACAGACUUACAUAAGAUGGCCUAUUAUUCAUAAUGUGAUGAGUAGAUUGGAUCAUCAUAAUUUAGGUUAAUAAUAAAAGUCAAUCACUAUUCGCAAAAAAAAGACAGUUCACUGCAUGGCUGAGCGCGUAGUGGUAUAGAGUAGGUCUGUAGACUAUAGACUAUAUCAGAUACCUUUUGUCUUUCUUUGGACAGGAAAAAUUUUGCAUUUUAUAAACACAUUUCAUGCAAUUCUAUUACACUUUAUAAGACUGGAGACAUUAGCAGAAUCUUAUUUAAUAGCCUAUGACAACAAUUACAGGGUAGCCUACUCUGCUGACACUGACAAACCAAUGAUUUAUAUAUACAGUGCAUUCGGAAAGUAUUCAGACCCCUUGACUUUUUCCCAAAAAAAAUUUACAUUACAGCCUUAUUCUAAAAUUGAUAAAAUCAAAAUAAUGUUCCUCAUCAAUCUACACACAAUACCCCAUAAUUGUGGUCCUCUGUAGCUCAAUUGGUAGAGCAUGGCACUUGUAAAGCCUGGGUAGUGAGUUCGAUCCCCGGGACCACCCAUACGUAAAGAAAUGUGUGCACGCAUGACUGUAAGUCGCUUUGGAUAAAAGCGUCUGCUAAAUGGCAUAUUAACAUUUCAAAUAAUGACAAAGCGAAAACAGAUUUUCUUAGCUGAUGAUCAUGCUUUCUGCCUAUUUUGAAUGAUUGUACUAAUUAGGCUAUAUAAUUUUGGCAAUUUACUUUAGGGGAAGCUUAUGAAUAGUAAAGUUACUGAUGCUUUUUUUGUUGUGAACAAUUGUUUUAUUGGAUCACAUCAAAGGUAUUACAAUCAAUAAAAAACUAUAAAACAAAAACAUUUUCAAAGUUACUGGUGCUGAUCUCAUGAAACAGUUACAUAGUAUAUAUACGUGGAAUAGAAUAGUGACAGGUGAGAGCAGGUGCUCUGCUAUCAGUUCCCUGUAGCUGCUUGUUGAAUACACCUGGCCAGAGUGUCUGUCUGCUCGGGUACGGGUCUCAAAGAAUGGCUACAUUUGAAAACAAGAUGAAAAAUAUAAUAGAAGUUUCAAGUUUUAUUAGUCGUGUGUACAGGAUACGCAUGUUAUACACUGUCCAAUGAAAUGCUUACUUGCAGGCAACAGAACGUGACAGUGAGGUUUAACUCCUGUAUACUGUCUCUCUCUCUCUCUCUCUCUCUCACUGUGUGUGUCAGGACCCUGUUGGCGCUGGGAUGUCAUGUUGCACAGACCAACGUUAACGCUGAGGACGAUCUGAAGAAAGUCAAACUGCCCAAAGAGUAAGUCACGUCGUUUCUACUAGUAGGCCUACCUAUUGUAGCAGUAUGAGUUAUAUUUCUAAAGCCCUACAGGGGAGAAAUGUACUCAGUGACUGUGAGUAAUUAUUCUUGAGAUGAACAGUCAUUAAAGCAAUGUGAGAGUAAUAAUGAUGGGUACAUUAGGAAAUCAGAGUGAGGCUGUCUUGGGGUUUGAGACACUUCAUCUACAGUUCUACAGCUCCACAGUUCCACAGUUAUACAGUUCUACAGUUCUACAGCUCUACAGUUCUACAGUUCUACAGUUCUACAGCUCUACAGUUCUACAGUUCUACAGUUCUACAGCUCUACAGUUCUACAGUUCUACAGCUCUACAGCUCUACAGUUCUACAGUUCUACAGCUCUACAGCUCUACAGUUCUACAGUUCUACAGCUCUACAGUUCUACAGUUCUACAGCUCUACAGCUCUACAGUUCUACAGUUCUACAGUUCUACAGCUCUACAGCUCUACAGUUCUACAGUUCUACAGUUCUACAGCUCUACAGUUCUACAGUUCUACAGCUCUACAGUUCUACAGCUCUACAGUUCUACAGUUCUACAGUUCUACAGUUCUACAGCUCUACAGUUCUACAGCUCUACAGCUCUACAGUUCAACAGUUCUACAGUUCUACAGCUCUACAGUUCUACAGUUCUACAGUUCUACAGUUCUACAGUUCUACAGCUCUACAGUUCUACAGCUCUACAGCUCUACAGUUCUACAGUUCUACAGUUCUACAGCUCUACAGUUCUACAGUUCUACAGUUCUACAGCUCUACAGCUCUACAGUUCUACAGUUCUACAGUUCUACAGCUCUACAGUUCUACAGUUCUACAGCUCUACAGUUCUACAGCUCUACAGUUCUACAGUUCUACAGUUCUACAGUUCUACAGCUCUACAGCUCUACAGUUCUACAGUUCUACAGCUCUACAGUUCUACAGUUCUACAGUUGAUGCCUGGCUUAGAAUACGUUUCUUGAAAGCUUCUUUCUGUUGUGUUAAGUGCAACUAUGGGAUGUCUAACGGGUAUAUGUUUUGAUAUUUUCAGCUAUGUGAUGUCUAACGGGUAUAGGCCAACACCACUGGAGCUUUCUGAGGUGAAACUGACAGCUGGUCAGGAGGUUCUGGUAGAUAAACUGGCGGAGAACGCCCACAACGUGUGGGCCAAGGACAGGGUCAAACAAGGAUGGACCUACGGCAUCCAGCAGGUACAGUGGUCCCUCUCUCUCUCUUUAUCCGUCAAAUCCAAUCAAUACAAAUAACAUUAUAAACCAAUGUCUUUGUCCAGUUCUUUAAUCGACCAGAUAUGUUGGUUUGUGAUUGGCAAAAGAUCAACGGAUGAGCUUUGAUGGCAUAAAUUUCACGUAUUUAAAUGUCAUAAAACACACCACUCUUGAUAGUACACAUUAUUUAACAAGACAAAAACCAGUCUAGUGAACCAGAUUCCUAAGGGCUCUGAUGUAUGUUGUUGUUUAUCUCUGUAGGAUGUGAAGAGCAGGCGUAACCCGCGCCUGGUGCCGUACGCUCUGCUAGACGAGAGAACCAAAAAGUCCAACAGAGACAGUCUGAGGGAGGCCAUCAGGACUCUGGUGGGAUACGGCUACGACAUCGACCCCCCAGACCAAGAGGGUGAGGACAUUAACAAUUGAAUGGUCAAAUAACUGUUGUACUGAACGGUACAGUACUGUAGUAGCGAUCUAAUUGUCAUUUUACACUGUCAGAGCUAUCAUUACAGGCACUUUUCCAGUAUCCUUCAACUAAUUUAUUAGCAAGCAAACAGGUACUUGUCUCCCUUACCACACCCGUAAUUAAGCAAUAAUGCUCGAGGGGGUGUGGUAUAUGGCCAUUAUACCACGGCUAAGGACUGCUCUUACGCACGACACAACACGGAGUGCCUGGAUACAGCCCUUAGCUGUGGUAUAUUGUGCCCACCUGAAUGUGUCCUUUCCUUUUCCUCAGUAGUUAGUGUGGAGGCUAGAUUACAAUAGACUGCAAUAGAUAUGGUCCUUCGAGACGGAUUCAGUCAAUCUUUCAGAGGUCUAAGAUAUCUCUCUAGCUUCCCUAGCUAGGCCCAAAGAUACCCUUACAGUUGUCAUAGUUCGGCAUUGGGUCGAAUAUCUCCUCUGUGUCCCCAGCCUGUCAUAUCGUGGAGAGGCAGAGCAUCGAGACGAUCCGGUUCUUCCGCGUAGAGCAGACGUAUGCAGUGAAGACAGGGAAGUGGUACUUUGAGUUUGAGGCCCUGACCGGAGGGGACAUGAGGGUUGGCUGGGCUAGACCAGGCUGUAGAUCAGACUUUGACCUGGGCAUGGACGACCAGGCCUACGUCUUCGAUGGAUACAAGGUAAACAAACAACGCUUCUUAUCUUUAAAUAAUGUUUUUAUCUUAUCUGUUUUUAUGUUAUCUUAACCAUCUUUUGAUACUGUUUGAAGUGUAUUAUCAUGUACAUAUAGGUCUAACCUGGCUACCUAACUCAUUCUGCAUUCAGCAAUGUUAUACUGUUGCCAAAUCAGAAAAAAAAUGACAUGCCAUGCACCUAGGCAAAUGAUUGUAAGCUUUUACCCCUUUUUCGUGAUAUCCAAUUGGUAGUUACAGUCUUGUCCCAUCACUGCAACUCCCCUACGGACUCGGGAGAGGCGAAGGUCAAGAGCCAUGCGUCGUCCGAAACACAACCCUGCCAAGCCACACUGCUCGCUUAACCUGGAAGCCAGCCGCACCAAUGUGUCAGAAGAAACACCGUCCAACCAAAGUCAGCUUGCAGGCGCGUGGCCCGCCACAAGGAGUCACUAGAGCGCAAUGGGACAAGGAACUCCCGGCCGGCCAAACCCUCCCCUAACCCGGACAAUUGUGCGCCACCUCAUGGGUCUCCCAGUCACAGCCUGGGAUCAAACCCGGGGCUGUAGUGACACCUCAAGCACUGCAAUACAGUGCCUUAGACCACUGCGCCACUCGGGAGGCCCUGCUUGAGCGUACACUUAAUCGACUUUACGUUUCAGGGGUGAUUAUUACAUUAGGGUUAGUAAUACGUGUUGUUUGUUCCCCCAGGGUCGUCGUAUGCACAUGGGCGCACGUUUCUUCGGGCAUUCAUGGAACAAAGGAGAUGUGGUGGGCUGCAUGAUCAACAUGGAGGACAAGUCUAUGGUCUUCACUCUCAAUGGAGAACUACUCAUCACUAACAAGGGAUCAGAGCUCUGCUUCGUCGACUUCCAGACAGAGGAUGGUGAGUUUAUCUUUAUCCUUUCUCAAUCUCUUGUAGAAAGACUGUAGUCUGUAGAAAGACUGUAGUCUGUAUAAAGACUGUAGUCUGUAGAGACUGUAGUCUGUAGAAAGACUGUAGUCUGUAGAGACUGUAGUCUGUAGAGACUGUAGUCUGUAGAGACUGGAGUCUGUAGAGACUGUAGUCUGUAGAAAGACUGUAGUCUGUAGAGACUGUAGUUUGUAGAAAGACUGUAGUCUGUAGAAAGACUGUAGUCUGUAGAGACUGUAGUCUGUAGAAAGACUGUAGUCUGUAGAGACUGUAGUCUGUAGAAAUACUGUAGUCUGUAGAGACUGUAGUCUGUAGAAAGACUGUAGUCUGUAGAAAGACUGUAGUCUGUAGAGACUGUAGUCUGUAGAGACUGUAGUCUGUAGAGACUGUAGUUUGUAGAAAGACUGUAGUCUGUAGAGACUGUAGUCUGUAGAGACUGUAGUUUGUAGAAAGACUGUAGUCUGUAGAGACUGUAGUCUGUAGAGACUGUAGUCUGUAGAAAGACUGUAGAUUCACACGGUGGUCCUGUGUGGCUCAGUUGGUAGAGCAUGGCGCUUUGAACCCCAGGGUUGUGGGUUUGAUUCCCACGGGGGACCAGUACAAAUAAAAGUGUCUUCUAAAAUAUAAAAUGUCUCUUUUCCCUCUAGGAAGAUGGGAGGAGCUUCCUCAGCUAACUUUUCUGUACUGGUUUAUUGUCUGACUUCACAUACAGUACAUUUGCUUUGCACAAUGAAAUGCUUUGAUAUUUAUUCAUAUUUAUUCAUGUAUUCAAGAUGUGCUUUACCAGAAAUGUACUCUUGAGGUUUGGAUCACAGAGCAUAUAAACAUAAAGCAGCAAAGCACUGGGGAAAUCAGUCGUUGAAUUAGCCUACAAAUGAAGUUGUUGUUGUUGGAAGACAAGCACAGUUACUCAAUGUAAAUCAUAUCGAUUGUUGUGUUCCAAAUUAAGCCUUUUCUCCAAUGUUCUAGGGGAGUGCAGUGUAUAAUAAUGAGUAUUUUUGCACCCACUGGUGGAUUGGAGUUAAUUGCUUUUGGGUUGUGGCUUAAGACUAGUUCCUUUCCAGACACAUAUGUUAAACUCUAACCUCUGACCUCUACCAUCUCUAGGCUUCAUCCCGUGUGUUGUUUGGCCAAGUCCCAGAAUGACCUAAUAACUUCUAACCUCUGACCUCUAACCCCUCCAGGCUUCAUCCCAGUGUGUUGUCUGGCCCAGUCUGAGAUUGGCCGUAUGAACCUGGGGAAGGACGCCAGCACCUUUAAAUACUACACCAUGUGUGGCCUCCAGGAGGGCUUCGAACCCUUCGCUGUCAACAUGAACCGUGAGGUCACCAUGUGGUUCAGCAAACGCCUGCCUACCUUCGUCAACAUCCCCAAGGACCACAACCACAUCGAGGUAAUGUUUUAGUAUUAAGGGGCCUGGUUACCAGGGGCCUAAUGUUGAGCAAUAUCCCACUAAAGCCUGACAUUUUAAAGGAAAUUGUUCCAUUCCUGGAUCUGAGUGCUAAUCAUUCCCCUCUGAAUCGGAUUGUGAUUGUUCUUCCCCUCUGAAUCGGAUUGUGAUUGUUCUUCCCCUCUGAAUCUGAUUGUGAUUGUUCUUCCCCUCUGAAUCUGAUUGUGCUGACCCCAGGUGACGAGGAUAGAUGGGACAGUGGACAACCCCCCGUGUCUGAAGGUGACCCACAAGACGUUUGGGACCCAGCAGAGCAACAGUGACAUGCUGUACUGCAGACUGAGCAUGCCUGUAGAGCUCCACGCUCCUCAUAUCAAUGCUGACGAGUCUCAUAAACUCAGGUCAGAAACAAUGUAGAAUCACAGGUAGAAACACACAUAUUGCUUUCAAGCAAGGCUUUAGAUAUUCCAUAUUUACAAUUGGAAGACAGUAAACAUCAAUCAAUCAAUCAAUAUAAUAAUAUUUUUUACACUCACUUAAUGUGAAGCGGAACCUGAUAAGUUAUCGUUGAUCUUACCUGCCGAUUUUCCUUUUGCAGUCAGCCCCCAAAGCAAGAUGAUUAUGGCAGCAUCACAACGUACUAUCACUCAGUGAGAGUGUUUGCUGGCCAGGACCCAGCGUCAGUGUGGGUUGGCUGGGUAACCCCUGACUACCAUUACCAUAGCAAACAGUUCAGCCUCAACAAGACACGCACGGUUACCAUAACCCUGGGAGACGAGAGGGGACGGGUCCACGAGAGGCAAGUUCCAGCUUUUUUGGGGACAUUUAACUGGAUUGUUGACAUCAUUCAUUCAUUCAUUCACAUACUCACUAACUCAUUCACUCACUCGAUCACUCACACGGUCACUAUCUUGAUCACUAGUGAUCACUCACUCAAUCACUCACUCCCUCCGUCACACACUGUUUUAACUCUCUCCCCCCCUGUCUGUCCAUUCCAGUGUUCGGAGGAGUAA